AUGGGUAAUGUGACAUCAAAUGUGGCGGCCAAGUUCGCCUUCUUCCCGCCUGAUCCGGCAACAUACGGAGUAUCGAAGGACGAGGAGACCGGGAAGCUGGUCUUAUCCGGAGUCUCUCCAGACAUGAACAUGGAAGUCCAUCAGCUCACCACCAAGUCCGGUAAUAAAGUUGUUGCCACGUUUUGGAGACACCCUUUUGCUAGAUUCACUCUUCUCUAUUCUCAUGGCAACGCAGCUGAUCUUGGCCAAAUGGUUGAGCUCUUCAUCGAGCUGCGUGCUCAUCUUCGCGUCAACAUCAUGAGUUAUGACUAUUCAGGCUAUGGAGCUUCAACAGGAAAGCCGUCUGAGUUCAACACAUAUUACGACAUUGAGGCAGUGUACAACUGCUUGAGAAGCGAUUAUGGGAUCAAGCAAGAGGAGCUGAUACUGUAUGGACAGUCUGUAGGAAGUGGGCCAACGCUGCACAUGGCUUCAAGGUUGAAGAGGCUGAGAGGAGUUGUUCUUCACAGCGCCAUUCUCUCUGGCAUUAGAGUCUUGUAUCCUGUCAAAAUGACACUCUGGUUCGAUAUUUUCAAGAACAUAGACAAGAUUCGCCAUGUCAACUCCAAAGUUCUUGUCAUACAUGGAACAAAGGAUGAUAUAGUGGAUUUGUCUCACGGAAAGCGAUUGUGGGAGCUGGCCAAGGAGAAGUAUGAUCCGUUAUGGGUGAAAGGAGGAGGGCAUUGCAACCUGGAGACGUACCCUGAGUACAUUAAACACCUGCGAAAGUUCAUAAACGCAAUGGAGAAACUAUCUCUAACCAAUCCACCACCUAAACAAUUAACCAAUGAGCCUAGUGUCACCGAGACUAAGCACAGCCGGUGCUUGAGAUUUCGGAAAAGGUAGGAUGUGUUAGCAGAAUCAGAAGACAAUUGGUAGAUUCCUUUAUGUGCAUUGCCAUGUGCUUUGAACUCAGAACACUCAAGGAAAGCUUGACGAGAGUCAUUUCCUUAGUGAGAUCAAAACCAAAUGCUAAACACAGGGUCCACAUACAGUGGUGGAACAAAGAUAUAAUCUAGGGAGGUGGUUACUGUAAAAUGUAGCCAUGUUUAUUUGCUUGAUGUUCAGUCUCAUGUAACAGAAAAAUGUAAUGUAGCACCAACUUUGAGGUUUUGUAAAACAUCAUUACUUGUAGGAGAA